AUGACCUCCUUCCAACUUCCAACACCCCAGAGACCUCCAACUUCAAACCCACAGAUACAUCAUCCAAAAAGUGCUCAGGAAGCCCCAGAGAUGGCAGUUUAUUGUGAUAACUUCAGCAUGUACCACCAGCAGAACCUGCACACAUCUCAGAGAGCACCCAACUAUGGACUAGGGGAUUAUGCUCCUCCAAGUAACCCCUACUUAUGGUUUGGUGGCACUGGAGUCAACAAUUCACCCAGCUACCUUCAUGGAAACAAUCCCUCUCCCUACAUGCCUGCAUCUUAUGGAUCUCAGCGUCAGUUCCUACCAAAUUCAUCAUGCUUUGCUGGGUCAGAGCUUGGCUGGUUGUCUAUGGCUUCCCAGGAAGAACUCCUGAAGCUGGUGAGGCCUCCGUACUCAUACUCAGCUCUCAUUGCCAUGGCCAUUCAGAAUUCUCCAGAAAAGAAACUGACCCUAAGCAAUAUCUACCAGUACGUGUCAGACAACUUCCCUUACUACAAGAAGAGUAAAGCUGGGUGGCAGAAUUCUAUCCGGCACAACUUGUCCUUGAACAACUGCUUCAAGAAAGUCCCAAGAGAUGAAAAUGACCCAGGUAAGGGAAACUAUUGGACUCUGGACUCAAACUGUGAGAAGAUGUUUGACAACGGCAAUUUCCGCAGAAAGAGAAAAAGCAAAUCGGAGUCCAACUCGUCUAAGAUUUCAAAAACUGGGGAAGAUCAUUUAAUCUCAAGCAAAAAAGGGAAAGAGAGCCCAAUGAGUUCUACAGCAUUAUCACCUGCAGCGGAGACCUCAUCUCCUGAUAUAAAAACCAUAUCACCACCAGCAGUCCCUUAUACACCUUGUCUAAACAACUUUCUCAACAGUUUUGCAUCUAUUGAAACAAACUCAGCAAGUAAACAAAUGCCCUUGGGACUGGCCAAUGAGUUAUCCCAGAGAAACAUUUCCAACUUCAACCCAAUCCCUUCUGCAGAUCCAGCAGGAGACGCUCAGGACAAUAAUCUGUUCUACAGCAGGGCCUCUUAUUACAACUCCUUCUCUACAAACAAUCAGAUGCCACCCCAGUUCCUCCAACAGCUGCAAUCUCAACAACCUCCCAUAUACGGCAAGUACUGACCUAUGGGACCAUUGCAGUAUUUUGUAUAGGAGAACAGCGUACGUUGGGUGAACACUUUAUCCUAUUCUGGACUUGAGUGACUGUACUGUAUUACCACCAUGAACUUAUGAAUUGUACAUAGAUGCUCUUUGACUUUUUUGCGUC